UACGGCAACAGCAAAGCCUUGCCUUAACAAUCGUCUUGACGACCGUAAUCACCCCAUUCAAGAUUAAUUCUGACGAGGAUGUGGCAACAUCAACCUUACUUUUAGGAAUAUAACGCUAGUCCAUUAGUAACAUACGUCAGGAUUUCAUAUCAAUCCGCCAGGUACAGGAACGGUGUGGACUUCGCCGUUGUCAUGGCAACCGCCGAGCGUCCAAAAAUGGCGUUUCUGCUGGAUGAAAUACUGUUUGAAACCUAUGGACAAGGUCCAUCUCCCUCUAAAGACUUCUACCAACUUGUUAUCACACAAAAGGAGGUUAUAUGGAGGUGGUGGAAGAUUUCAAUCCGGGGUGUGUUCAGAGGGACACCACCAGGAGAGAUAAAACAGUCCCACAUUGAAUUUGUAGAGGAUACAACAUUCCAGAAGCAGUUAGAUGUUGUGUUUGGACCCAAAAGUUUGGAAUACACAUUGUCUCUGUGCCGAGGACAUUUUGAAUAUCUGGUGCGGUUACCUGACCAGCUACUCCUUAACAUCCUUUCAUACCUGCCCCUCCAGGAUAUCGGUCACAUCAGCCAAACUUCAAGCAGGUUUAGGAAGCUGUGUAACUCAGAUGAGUUUUGGAAAAAGACCAUGCUGAGUUAUUUUGACGUGAUAACUGAAGACAUGGAGUUGCUGGUAAAGGCCAUGGGCUGGAAGAAGCUCUUCAUGUUUUACUACAGUCAAGAACAUGAAUGCAAUGUGACCUGUCUGACAGAAAAUAAACCCAAUCCUGCUGCAUCUCCAUGAAGAUUUUAAUGCCAUUCCAUAACAAAUCAAUUUAUCUCUUAGUAUUCUAUUUAAAUUCUUUUUUUUAUGGUUUUAACUCAGAUUCACCUUUUAUUCUACUGGGUUUACAUGCCGAUAUUACUCCAAAUAUGUAAUCUAUUUCAACAAACCAAAUUCUUUUAAAUCCAGUAUGUUUUUAAGUAUUAAUUGUGAUAAUAUAAUUAGAACAGGCAUAUUUAUUGUUAAUUAAUUUCCAAGUAUUCAUCGAAAAUGUAUGUUUACUGUCCUUUAUUUUAAAGUAUUCUAGAGAUAAUCUAUCACAAUGUUAUUAGAAAUGUUGUUGUUUGUUUUUAACUGGCUUACUAUUGUAAUUUUUAAACUGCUGUAUUCUGUGUAAUAGCAGUUGUGCUCUCUUAGGGUGACUUUUGGGAUUGCUGAAAAUGUUAAGACUCUAUUUGCAACUCUGCAAUGUGGGUUUUGUCCAGCAGAUGGCGCACAAGUAUUGCAGUCUGUGUAACGAGACAAAACAUUCACCCAAUUCAAGUAAACGUUUGUCGUGCAAAAGUUAUUUAGCAAUUUAUUUAAGUUAAGUUUACAAGGCCAUGUUACUAAUAUAAGCAAAGGAGAGAAUGAACAAUUUUUUUUUGGACAGACAGACAGUCAGAUAGCUAUUGGUUAGUCAAAUAAAUACUGAACAGGUA